AUGUUAUUGUCAAACCUUGUUAUUCCCUUAUUAGCUACCAGUGCUACUGUGUCAGCUACAUUUGAUGUCACUUCUUCAUUAACCAAAUAUGCUGCAUUUGAUUUUGGUGUUGGUGACAUUUCCAUUCAAAAGAGUGCUUCAUUUUCUUUAAUCAACACUUUUGAUUGUGCUUUCCAAGGUGAUAUUAACAUCGAAAAAGAUUGUGAGUUCCUUAUUGCUUCUACUGCUAAAGCCUUAAAACUUACCUUUAACAACAUUUUCCACAAGAUUGAAAACAAGGGUAAAUGGAUCGUUCACACCUUAGAGUCUGCCGCUGCUAGUACAUGUAAUAUUAUUGUCAAGUCUUUUGUCAACACUGGUGAAAUCAUUUUGGCUUUCAAAGGUCACGUUUUGGCUCCGAUCAUUAACAUUGCCGCUUCCCAUUGGGUAAAUCACGGUUGUUUACAUCUUUUUCAAGAAAUCAAAUCAAUCUCUGUCGCCAUUUUGGGUGUUGUUGGUGGCACAAUUGAAAACCAUGGUACUAUUUGUUUAACCAACCAGCUCUGUAAACAAGUAACAAAAAUUAUUGGUAGUGGGUGUAUUGCCUUGGAAAAAUCUUCUUCAUUCUUUAUUUCCAACUCAUUCUUGUCAAUUGAUGCUCAACAUACUUUCUACUUGGGUGAAGGUAACCCAACUAUUCAAGCUCAAGCAGUGUCACUCCCACAAACAUUCAAGGUUGCCAAUUUUGGUGCUAAUGGUUCUCAUAAAAUUGGUUUGAACUUGCCUUUGUUGUCUAUUACUAUUGCUGGGAAAAAAGGUUGGUCUUACGACACCAAAACUGGUAUUUUGACAUUGACUGCUAAUGGAUUCAUUUCCCAAAAGUUUGACAUUGGUCUUGGUUACGAUCCUUCUAAGUUUGAAGUUUGUACUGACAAUUCAGUUGGUAUUGUUUCCGUUAUCAAAGGUUCUAUCAAAUACAAUGGUCCAUGUCCACAUGCUGGAAGACCAUCAGUGUGUCAAAUUUGUCCAGGCGUUCCAACUCCUCCAGUUAUUACAUCAAGUGCCACCGCUAUCACAAGCACCCAAUCAAAAACUACUAGUUCCUCAUCCACUUCAAGUAUUGCUACUACUAGUACUACCAGUAGUAAACCUAAGCCUACUACUGUUUCUACUAGCUCUAUUGCUUCUACAACUACUCCAGAUGGAUCUUACUCCACCUCAUUCGUCACUGUUACUGCUGAAACCACUAAGGUUGUUACUAUCACUUCUUGUUCUAACAAUGCUUGUCAUCCAACAACUGCUCCAACUGGUCUUACUGUCGUCACACUUACUACUUCUGAUGUCAAAACUGUUGUCACUACUUACUGUCCAUUGACUCAAACUGUUACUUUGGGUGUUACCGGUACCAAGACUGUCGAUUUGGGUUGCCCAACCGGUUACUUUGGUUACAACGGGUACAUUGGUAAAGGUGUUAGUAUCGGUCAUGGCGGUGCUGCUGCCAGUGCCAGUGCUGGUUUCCAAAUUGGAUUUGAUAUCUUCAAAAAUCACCACUUUUAA